CGAAAUUUGAGUAGUAAGCAAAAUGCGGAAUUCAACUGAUUAUCCUGAAGAUAACGAAGAAUUCUACCUGAUCUUUCUGGUAUUUAAUAUCCUCUUCCUAAUUAUUGGAAUAUUGGGAAAUAUGGCGGUCAUCAUUUAUAACAUAUAUCUGAACCAAGACAAAACUUCAAGCAGCUGGUUGGUUGCGAACCUUGCAAUUGCUGAUCUUUUGGUCUGUCUAACACUUUAUCCAAUGAAAAUUCUCGCUUUCUUUCUGCAUGAGGAUCUAAUUUGGAAGAUUGGUUUACCGGCAUGUGGUGUUUCGUCUUUUCUUUCUACGAUGUUUCUGCUGUUCAUUACCGUUGAUAGAUACGUGUUCAUUGCAAAGCCUCUGAAAUACCCAUCGAUCGUAAUAUCGAGACGAAUAAAGGUAGCUAACCGCUGUAUUUGGCUGGUUGCAGCGUCCUUGCUUUUAGUUCUCGUUUCUGUCUACAUGGCUGGCGAAAAAUCUGCAUAUUCUACAUUGGUGCUGCUUCACAUAUUUCUAUUGCUCACUCCCAUUGCUAUCAUUGCAUUUCUGAACUACAAGAUAUUGAAGAUCGUUCGAGAACAGCGACAACGAAUGGCUUCAGAAACUGGAGUACAGUCUGAGCAAGUAAAGUUGGAAGACAUUCAACAGGCCGGACCAACACAGAGUAGUGAUGAACAAGAAAGACCAGCACAAGAACGCGAAGAAAAAUCAAACUCCGAACAUACGGAACGAUCGAGCGAGCAAUACAUAGCCUGGUUACAUCACAUCGUAAAAGAAUUGAAAGCAGUAAAGACAUUUGCCAUUAUCUUCGCUAUUCUGACAUGUUGUUAUGUUCCAUAUAUUAUCAUUAUGUUGCUUCAAUUAUUUUGCUGGCACAUGUGUUUCUCGAACGACGUGCUUCUCGCAAAGCAUAUUGUUCUAGAACUGAUUGGUAUAAAUUCAAUUGCUAAUGCCUUCGUAUAUGCAUUAAGACAUAGAAGAUACAGCAAGGCUUUUCUGUAGCUUUUUCUACCCUUUGGGCACGGCUGUAACUAACUUGUUCCGAAAACAUUGCCAGACCAACUAUUCUUAUAAUAAGUAAAUAUUCAUAUACUUUAUAUACUAGACCAUAGAUCUUUCCUUCGGGCACUUUUAGAAGUCCUGAGAACGAGGUUACAUUGAGGAUAUACUGGCAAUAAUUGUCAAGUAAUUCCUAAAUACAAGAAUUUUAAUGCUUAACAUUAGAUUAGGAUUAGGGGAUGGAUUUAGGAUUAGAGCUAAUCUUAAUCAAACAGACGACAAAUAUGGAAGCCAAAUACUUACAUUAUUCCAGUAAACUGUAAUAAAAUUUCGAAUAAAAACUUCUAUAGUUCAGCACUAUACUUCGUAGAUGCCCGGCAAAACAUGAAGCAAAAAACUGAGUUUUUUACUCUGUUUACUGUUCACUCUUUCUAAACAUUAGCAAAUCAAUUCAUUUUACUUAUUUCAAAACAUCCAAGAUAGUAAGAUUUUAAGCCA